UUUUUAAUCUGACAUAUUUUGCAGUCUUGGUUACAGUGGUUUGGAGUUGCCUAUUUACCGCCAUUUUCACAUUUAAAACUAAAAAGAAGAAUAAGAAAUUAUCUGCAGUCUCUACCAGAAACAAUCAUAAGUUGUUAAAAUAAAUGAACAUAGUGACUCUGUGAUAGUGUUAUUAUUGUUAACUUCUCAGAAGAAAAGAUUAUGAUCACAGUCUUAUGAAUAAAAAUUUCAUUAUUCAAACUUUACUAAGGAAUAAAGAUCAUGUCCUUACCGAUACCUUCGGCAGGUUUUGUUGCUGCUGAACCUUCAUGUUCGAUUAUUUCUGAAUACAACCCUCAACUAGUUUCACAUGUUUCAAGCCAUUCUCAGAUUCAAGGAUUGAAUGAUGUAUUUUCUCAAGAUGAUGUAUUUGCUAUCAUUUGUCAAGAGAUAAAUGAAAUAGCACCCAAGUUGGAAAGUUUGGGAGAACUGUACUCAAAACGUCUAAAAAGCGCCAGAACAUCACGAUCACGUAGCUUUUCUAAAAGCUAUAAUGAGGAAUAUUCUGAUAUUUUAAAUAGCAAAGGGAAUGCUUGUGACAAAUUGACUGAAAUACUGGAGAGUUGUAAUCCUAAUGGUAUUCCAAAAUACACAGUGCUUGCUUAUCAGGAGUAUUCCUCGAACCUCAACCACCGCUACAAUGAAGUCCGCCAAGAAGUACAACAGCAAACAGAACAAACAAAGAAAUCAAAAAUUGACAGCAACAGGCUAAACAUGUAUAUUUCAUGUUUUUCAAACCUAGAAGAAGAAUGUGCUUAUCAGGAAGGUGAAGAUUCUGCUCAGUCAAGGCUUUUAUUUCAAGAGGCAAAAAAGGAUAUGGACACAGUAAUACAAAUACUCUGUCCUGAUGAGGAAGUGAAGAAGGAACUCUCUUCAACUCUAAGGGUACUAUUAAUGGCGUACAUGGAUAAUUUGGAUAACACAGAAGAGCAAUAUGUUGAAGUCUCAUUGAGUGCCUUAAGCAAUGAACAUGUGCAAUGUUUGAUGAGGAAAGGUGUGAUUAUUCCACACCCACACUCUCCUGGCUUGUUUCGCUUAUGUGUGGAAUAGAGAUUAGUCUAACAGUGGCACAUUCUUUUUGUUUGAAGUGAACUGAAUUCUAUUGUGUAAGUGAUGGCAUUCUGUAAUGCAGAGUAAUAAAUAUGUUUUUUUAUCAA